ACUAUUUUUAACACAGAAGAAGAAGGAACUCAUGCGCGUUCGCGUCACUGUAUUUGAGUGUGCCCGUCAUUUGAAACUAGUCUGGACUUGCGGAUAACACAGUGCGCGCAGGGAAACGUCAUGGCCGAGUGGAACGCCUUUUACCAGAACGAGGAGGCGGAUGAGGAGCAGGAGGAAGGAGAGGAGUCUGCAGUGAACUACAAGGUCACGGGGAGAGAUAGUUUGGUUUUCUUGGUUGACGCCUCAAAGGAAAUGUUCAUCAAGGGAGAAGACGGGGAGCCUUCUAACUUUGACAUUACUAUGCAGUGUGUGCGCAGUGUGUACACCAGUAAGAUCAUCAGCAGUCACAGGGAUCUGGUGGCUCUGGUUUUCUACGGCACAGAGAAGAGCAAGAACCCCAGGAACUCCUUCAAGCACGUCUACGUGUACCACGACCUGGACGAGCCCGGGGCAAAGCGUGUGCAGGAUGUGGAGGCCUUACGGGGGGAGAGAGGGGCCCGGCUGGCGGCCGACACCAUGGGCAGCGGGGAGGUGUCGCUGGGUGACGCCCUGUGGUGCUGCUCCAACCUCUACAGCGACAUUAAGCUGCGGCUCUCACACAAGCGGCUGAUGAUCUUCACCUGCAUGGACCAGCCACACGGGGGCGACAGCACCAAGGACCGCCAGGCACGCACCAAGGCCGGGGACCUCAAGGAGACCGGUGUGGUUAUUGAUUUGAUGCACCUGAUGAAACCGGGCGGCUUCGAUGUCUCGCUCUUCUUCUGCGACAUUGUCAGUCCACCAGAGGACGAGAGCGAGCUCGGGCUGCAGGUGGAGCCGUGCGGGAAGCUGGACGACCUGCAGAAGAGAGUCCAAGCCAAGCAGCAGAAGAAGAGAGCCAUGGCCAGGGUAAAUCUGUGUCUGGGUGAGGGAAUGAACGUGGCGGUGGGAGUUUAUGCAAAUGCAGUGACAGCCCGGAAGCCGUCAGCUAUCAGGCUGUACAGGGAAACCAACGAGCCGGUCCACAGCAAGACACGCACCUUCCACACUCAGACGGGCAGCCUACUGCUUCCCAGUGAGACCAGGAAAGCUCAGGUGUAUGGUAACAGACAGAUCGUGAUGGAGAAGGACGAGGUGGACACCAUCAAGAAGUUUUAUGAUCCUGAGAUCUUCCUGAUCGGAUUCAAACCCAUGGAGAAACUCAAACUGCACCACCACAUCCGUCCCUCCGUCCUCCUCUACCCAGAGGAGCAACAGGUCACAGGCAGCUCGUGUGUGUUCGCCGCCCUACUGAAGAAGUGCACUGAAAAGAAGGUGUUUGCUGUGUGUCGCUACACCCCUCGUCGAAACUACCCACCUCGAUUUGUAGCCCUGGUGCCCCAGAGAGAGGAGGUCGACGAGAGCAACGUCCAGGUCACACCUCCAGGUUUUAACGCCAUCUUCCUGCCGUUCGCUGAUGACAUCCGCAAACUGGACACACCGCAGUUUCCCACAGCCUCAGACGUACAGGUGGACAAGAUGAAGGAGAUCAUCACCAAGAUGCGAUUCAAAUACAGGAGUGACGCUUUUGAGAAUCCAGUCAUCCAGCAGCACUACAGGAACCUGGAGGCCUUGGCUCUGGACAUGCUGGCUCCAGAGUCCAUAGAAGACUUCAUUAUGCCCAAGGUGGAGCAGAUCGACAGGCGCCUCGGUCCUCUGGUCGAUGAGUUUAAAGAGCUCGUCUAUCCCGCCAGCUACAACCCAGACAGCAAACCAGCUGCCAAACGCAAAACAGCUGAUGCCGGAGGCGGAGAUGAGAAGAAGCCCAAAGUGGAGAUUCCAGAAGCCGAGCUGAGGGCCCACAUAAAGAAUGGCACCCUGGGAAAGCUGACGGUGCCCGUGCUGAAGGAAGCCUGCAAGCAGUUUGGGAUUCGGACCACCGGAACCAAAAAACAGGAACUGAUGGAUGCUCUGAUCGCCCAGAUGGCCAAGUGAGGAGGAGGAGGAGGAAGAUGCAAGCCUCAAUGUGACUUAUCAAACAGCGAGACCGGUUUCAGAGGAGCGGUUUUGUUCUAAGACUUGACCUUCUGCUAGUUAAGUGCUGCUAAAUUUUGUAUCUGGUCGAGUUUCUCUACAAGCUGUCACGGCAGGGCCUGGUGGGAGGUAAUUCCAUCCUUGACUGGUUGGUGAAAUAGUGUCACCACUUACCAGAGAAAUUUGGGAUUAUGUGUGUGGGGAAAAAAAAAAAAAAACUUGUUCCUGUUCUACCGCUGCUGAAGCAUUUAUUGAGUUUAGCUCCACUCUCCAUGUAAAUGCUAAGCAGUUAGAUCAAUAAUGUAUGAAUGGGAUUAAGGUGUUUUUUGUAAAUGGUGCAGCUUCAGACUGGUUCGUGUGGUUAACAUUGUUAUGACGUCUCAUGAUG